AUGGAUGAUUUCUUUCGUCACAUGGCUAGAAGAAUGCCCGACCCUAAUGAAAUGAACUUUGAGAAAAUGAGAAAAAUGGGUGGAGUUGAGUUUGAAGGCACUGUUGAUCCCACGGAUGCUGAGCAGUGGUUGGAACAGAUGGAAAGAGUAUUUGAGCAAUUAGAGUGUUCAGACGCUGCCAAAUUUAAGUAUGAUGUCUCAUUGUUACAAAAAAUGCUUAUGACUGAAUUUCAUAUGAAGUAUGUCCCACCUGCUUAUCAUGAUGGAAAGAAAAAGGAGUUCUUGAAUUUAGAGCAAUGGGGUAUGUCUAUUGCUGAAUAUCAGCAGAAGUUUCUCAGGCUUUCUCAUUAUGCUGGUGGUAUUAUUAAUAACGAAAAAGAUAAGUGCAGGCGAUUCGAAGACGGUUUGAAUGAUUCCGUCAGAAAAUUUGUGGCGGUCCUACAACAUGAAAACUUUUGUAAAUUACUUUCAUCUACUCUUACUUGGGAAAGUAUCCACAUGGAACAAGCUAGUAGAAAUGAAAAAAAGUUCAGAAAGGCUGAUGCAGAUUCAGGAGGUCCAUCUAAAAGGGGAAGGUUUGACAAUUCCAAAGCUAAUACUGUUCACAAGUCAGCCCGGCAUAAGCAAAAUAGAUCAAAUUUCUCUACUGCUAGCACUCCAAGCUAUGGCCAAGGCAAGACUCGUAUACCCACUUGUGCACAAUGUGGAAAGAAUCACUUUGGUACUUGUAGGAGAGCUUCUGGUGCUUGUUUUAAUUGUGGGAGAUUCGAUCAUAAAGUGAAGGAUUGUCCUAAUCCUAACCCUACUUCUUCUCCACGUACGGAAGGCUCAGCUCAAAAACCUAUUACCACUCCUUCUCAAGGGAAUAGAGGUGCAAGAUCUAGAAACACACAAGCAACAGAUGCAGGUGGAGCCAAUCAAGCUAGUGAGUCAAGAGCUACAACACGAGCUUAUGCUAUGAGACAGAGGGAUGACCAAGAUGGAGCAGACGUGGUUGUUGCUAAAUUUCACUUAUUUGGCUUAUGUGUUGUUACAUUAUUUGAUGUUGGUUCUACACAUUCCUAUGUUUGCUCAUCAUUGGUUUUUCCUAAAAAUGUGAAAUCUGUGAGACUUGAUUGUGGUGUGCUUGUCCAAAGUCCUUUGGGUCAACAGGUUAUUUGUAAUAAAAUCUAUCGAGGUUGUCCCUUGGUGAUUCAAAAUCUAGUCUUCCCUGCUGAUUUGAUUGAAAUGCCUUUCCAACACUAUGAUGUCAUCAUCGGUAUGGAUUGGCUUCAUAGAUACCAUGUGGUAGUUGAUUGUAGGUCGAAGCAUGUGACCUUUAGAGCUCCUUCAUUUUCACACAUCAUUGUUCAAGGUGAAAGAUCAUUGACAUCUAAUAUUAUCUCCGCGGUAAUGGCAAGAAAGAUGGUUAGUCAGGGUUUUGGAGCUUAUAUUGCUCAUAUAUUUGAUACACACUUGGAAAGUCCAAGCCUUAAGAAUAAACCAGUGGUAUGUGAAUUUCCUGAUGUUUUCCCUAAAAAGCUUCCUGGAUUACCCCUGGAAAGGGAAGUUGAAUUUCCUAUAGUGGUUAUUCCUGGAACUACUCCUAUUUCUAUAACUCCUUAUCGAAUGGCUCCAGUAGAAUUGAAGAAGUUGAAAAUUCAAUUGCAAGAACUUCUUGAGAAAGGUUUUAUCUGCCCAAGUGUAACAAUUAGGAAUAGAUAUCCACUGCCUAGGAUUGAUGAUCUAUUUGACCAGCUAAAGGGUGCUAGGUUGUUCUCAAAAAUUGACUUGAGGUCUGGGUAUUACCAACUGCGGGUAAGUGAACAAGAUGUCCCUAAAAUUGCCUUUAGGACUCGAUAUGGUCAUUAUGAAUUCUUGGUGAUGCCAUUCGGGUUGACGAAUGCUCCUGCGGCAUUCAUGGAUCUGAUGAAUCGCGUGUUUAAGCCUUAUCUUUAUCAAUUUUUAGUGGUCUUUAUAGAUGAUAUUUUAAUAUAUUCCAAGAAUAGUGAAGAUCAUAAAAAGCACCUUCGAAUUAUUUUGCAAGACAAAAAGCUUUAUGCUAAGCUUUCCAGAUGUGAAUUUUGGCUUGGUGAAGUGGAUUUUCUGGGACAUAUUGUGUCAGCUGAAGGUGUGAAGGUGGAUCCUAGUAAGAUUCAAGCUAUUGUUGAAUGGAAACAACCUAAAAGUCCAACUGAAGUAAGAAGUUUCUUGGGCUUAGCGGGAUACUAUAGAAGGUUUGUCAAAGGCUUCUCCAUUAUAGAAUCUCCUUUGACUAAACUCUUGAGGAAGGAUUUCAAGUUCGUAUGGGAUGAAAAAUGCCAAGAGAGCUUUGAAAAGCUCAAAUCCUUAUUGACACAAGCUCCUAUACUUACUCUACCAACUGAAGGGAAAGAGUGUGUGAUAUAUAGUGAUGCUUCUCAUCAUUGCUUGGGUUAUGUCCUGAUGCAGGAAGGGAAAGUGGUUGCAUGGCUUGAACUCAUUAAAUAUUAUGACUACACGAUUGAUUAUCAUCCAAGUAAAGCCAAUAUGGUGGCAGAUGCUCUAAGUCGCAAAGCCUUUGCUAGUUUAUCUCUAAGUCAUUUGCCUUUGUUUCUUAAAUUAAGAGCUAUGAAUGCUUGUCUUGCAUUUAAUUCUGAUGGCUCUAUUGUUGCUAGUUUGCAAGUCAAGCCAGUUCUACUUGAAAAGGUGAAAGAAGCACAGAAGUUAGAUGAGAAGCUUGUGAAAUUGAUCAAAGAAGUUCAAACUGGGGGAAAGCUUGAUUUUAAAUUAAGGGAGGAUGGUGUUCUACUUUAUCAAAAUAGGCUAACCAAAAGUGCUCAUUUCUUGGCCAUCAGAAUGGACUACCCACUUGAACCUUUAGCAGAAUUGUACGUCAAUGAGAUUGUGAGGCUACAUGGUGUUCCUGUUUCUAUUGUAUCUGACCGAGACCCAAGGUUUACAUCCAGAGUCUGGACUAGCUUGCAAGAAGCUUUGGACCCUAGGUUUAAAUUUAGUACUUCUUUCCAUCCCCAGACAGACGGCCAGUUCGAGAGGGUGAUUCAAAUCUUGAAAGAUAUGCUUCGAGCUUGCAUUAUGGAAUUUGAGGAAGUACUUGAGAGAGUUGGUCCAGUUGCCUAUAAACUAGCUCUUCCACCGGAGUUAGAUAAGAUCCACAAUAUCUUCCAUGUUUCUAUGCUUAGAAGAUAUCGCUCAGAUCCAUCUCAUGUUCUUCCGGUUGAAUCCAUUGAGGUCAGCCCUAACAUGACAUAUGAAGAGGAACCUAUCCAAAUCUUGGCGCAUGAGACAAAAGAGCUUAGAAACAAGAAAAUCCCAUUAGUAAAAGUCCUUUGA